AUGGGUGAUCCUCAACCGGACAUCACCACUUCCUCCUUAGGAGGCCUGUCCUGCAUCCAGGAAGAGACGCUAGAACUGCAUUUCCCAGGACGUCCCCCACGCUCGGUUCCAGAAAAUGAGCUGAGAAUGUUUGUGAGCAAAAGGAGGCGUUCAGUCAAGGGAAAGGAAGGCAUGGGUCUAGGAGAAAGAAAGAGGACUACAAUAGAGGAACGUGGAGAGGAGAAAUCACAGGAGCCCAGCAGCCGGAUUGGAACAGGACCCUCCGGAUUGGAACAGGAUGGUGGAGGGUGCCAGGAGCAAAUUCUCCCCAAAUACUGGUGGAUAUCAGAUGUAGAAGAUCACAGUUCCACUCCUGGAUUGGUGGAGGAACUCAUGAUCGUCUCCAGAUUGCAGCCGGGUUUUAACAUACAAAGGGUGGUGCCCCCCGAUCCCCAAGCAGAUCCCCGGACUCUGUUCUAUGACAGCACCAUGUAUCUCCUCUUCCCGGCCCUUUGCAGGGCUGUGGUUUCUCGGAUAUUUGUUGUCCCGUGCAAGGCCGCUCUCUGCAGCAUCAUCUGUAGUGAAGGCAAGCAGCAGCAACUCAAAUGCCCACCAAUUGGUUCUGAUCUCAAUUUCUUUUCGUUGCUUGCAGGUGAACUGCUUCUGCUUUCCAGUGUGAUCUUCCUGCUCCGGGUGGUGUGUGGCUGCCCCACGAGGUGCCGCUGUCACUCACCCUCACAGUCUGUAGACUGCAGCCGGCAGGGUCUGGCUGAAAUCCCUCCCGAUUUGCCUCCUCAGACCCUAACGCUGCACUUGCAAGAUAACCAGAUACACCAGCUCCCUGCUUUUGCAUUCAGGUCGGUGCCACACCUCAGGACCCUGAACUUGUACAACAAUUCCCUUUCAGAUCUGGCCCCUGGAGUCUUCCAUGGACUUCAGCACUUGCAGGUCUUAAACCUAACCCAGAACUCCCUGCAUUCUCUGGAAAGCAGACUUUUCCAUUCCCUCCCACGGCUGCGGGAGCUUGAUUUGUCAUCAAACAACAUAAGCCACCUUCCCAUAUCCCUGGGUAAGCCUUGGGAAAACCUGACGGUAUUUGCAAUUCAACAAAACCAGCUUCAGCAGCUUGAUCGAGAGCUCCUAGAAUCCAUGCCCAACGUGAGGCUUUUAUUUCUCAAGGACAACCUCUGGAAAUGCAAUUGCCACCUGCUCAGUCUUAAACUCUGGCUGGAGAAAUUUAUCUAUAAAGGGGGAAUAACAGACAGUGUCACCUGUGCGUCACCCGACACCUGGAAGGGGAAGGACCUCCUGAAGAUCCCUCAUGAGCUGUACCAGCCCUGCCCUUUCCCUUCUCUGGGUGUGGGGACGUGGGGGGUGCAGCAGCUGGGUUCUGCCCACCGGCCGGGCCCCGGGUCUCCUGAGAGCCCCAGCACGGGGCAGCGAGACCGCUCGGAAUGUGAGCUCAAACCCAAGCCGAGGCCGGUUAACCUGCGUCACGCGGUGGCCACCGUCGUCAUCACCGGGGUUGUGUGUGGGAUCGUGUGUCUCAUGAUGCUGGCGGCCGCCAUCUACGGCUGUACCUAUGCGGCUGUCACAGCGCAGUACAAUGGGGGGCGCUUGGCUCAGACGGACGAGCCUGUGAAGAUGGAAGGGAAAGGGCCGCAUGACCUCGCACAAGCCUGA